AUGACCGCGUACGGAGAUAAAGAAGCUUUCCCGAUCGAGUGCCAAUCAUCAAAAUGUACCGAAGAAGUGAUCUACGCAGAAAAUGCGCGAGCUGGUGAAGAUAUCCACAAGUUUUUGCCUUCGAUGAUAAAAAGCAGUACGAUCACCAUGAUUGGAAACACGACAACUUACAAUCUUGCCGGUCUGGUAGAGAUUGUCCACAAGGGACCGGGUUCGUUCCAUUAAAAACUUGAGAGAAAGAAAAUCCUAAAUAUUUUCAAACAAAUUUCCGUUAAAAGCGAGCGAAAGUAUAUUUUUGUACUUGAUUUGAACUAACGGAAUCUGGGCUCACAUCUCCCUACCGUUGCAUUAGACUCCUUUGGCUGUCCUUCUUUGAAUUCACUUUUUGUUUGUAGGACCGGCCAUCACCCUGCAGAAUAUCGAAUUGGUUAGGGACUCCUUCAAAAGUUUGAAAACGAUCAAAGUCGAUGACGUCUCUAUUUAUUGCGACGGCACUACCGACUUGAUCAAGAUAGAAGGAAAAAUCCCCCAAGAUAUACUCGAGCAACUGCACGAAGUGGAAAAUAAGGUUUUUUUAAUAAACGAGGAGAUAAAAAAGUAUAUUUCAGUUUGUUCGAAAUUUCCAGCUGAUUUUCCUAAAUUAGUAGAAAGUUUGUCUUGACGCGAAAUGACUAUAAUAAUUUAUGCUUUUUAAAAAAUUGCACAAGACGUUUUUAGCAGUUUUAUAAAUCUCGAAGAAAUCACAUCAUCAAGCCGAUGGCUUUUAUUAUUAGCUAUAACCAUCAAGUAGGCUCAAAUUUACAGUCGCGAGUAGCCUUUCAAUAUAUUUGUAAGAGGAAAUAUUUCUAGACCUAUUAAGAAAAAUAUGGCUCAAUAUUCAAACGCUUAUCGUCGGAAAUCAAUCUUCACUGAAAUCAUGGAAAAUAUUCAAAGGAAUUGUAUAUUAAAAACUAUAAUAUUUCGUCAAAGGCGUAAUUUCAAAAAAGUUUUAUUGAGAUUUGAAAAGAGCAUGAGAGAAGAAAUUGAGCGCUUCUGAAAGAUUAUUUCCCUUUGGACAACCUAGAAGCUUUUUAAGAGCGUGAAUGGUUUCAAAGGAAAACUCGAAAAAAUUCUCAGAAAAAGUAAUCUUGUUUCAGACCCUGGCUGCCUGCAAGUCACUGACAACUACUCCGCCGUCGGUUCUCGGCGCCGCCCAGGGCUCCCAGAAUAUUGAUGCUGAGAAAGGUUCUAGCAACAGUGAGUUUGGAGAACAAAAAAGCCAAUUGUGGAUUUCGGGGAUAAAAAAAAGAAAGACUCUAAGGUUUGGAAAAAUUAUUAAUCUUAUUUGAAAAAUAGAAAGAUUGUAGGAUUAUAGAGUAAUUACAGUGAGAAAAUCUGGAAACCUAGCCUUUUUUAUAUUUCAUCAUUUUUUACGCCAUUGAGUCAGCACUUUUUCAAUUUUUCGACCAAGUUGGGAAGACUUAUUUUGCCUUUUCUUCUCAGACACGCCGCUGUACAUCGCCUGUGCAGUGAUAGUGGUCCUUCUGAUUGUGAGCAUCGUUUCGACGAUCAUCGCUCUCAAGCUCUACUUAUGGCGCCACAAAAAGGACCUAGUCCUAGCAUCCUUCGGUAUUGGUUUUUCUGAUAGCAAAAUUGAGAAUUUUAUUAAUUUUUAGUUAACAAAAAUAGAACUUGAAGUAUGAGCUUCGAAACUUUGAAAAGGUUAUUGCUUGUUCAUCAUCAUCAAUAUUUAUUGGUUGUUUUAAUCAGAUAGAAUCGACUAGCCAAAGGCGGCACUAACACCGCCUUUGGCGAAAAAGAAGUUAAAACGUGUAGUCGAUUGAAUUGAAAGCAUGGUCUUACGGUUCUUCUCCUCGUUCUCCCACAAGUAGAUCCCUCAGUUUCGCGGGUACGGGCACGGCGGUGAUGGUGGGGCUCGGGCACGGACGCCGUGUACACUCUAGGGUAGCCUCGGCCGAUUGAGAGGCGCCCGCAACUGGCCGUUUCGCCUAUAGUCUGUUCAGAUUUUGAAUGUCAAGUCGUCGCUCAAGCUCCGCCCCCUAAUGGCGCGACAAACCAAUCAGAGAGCGAGCCAUCCACAGAGCAUUUUCGAAUCACGUCAUUCUACUUGACAUUCAAAUUCUGAACGGACUAUAAAGGCGCCCCGAACUCGGCAGAGUCGGAGGACCUCCGAAAUUGA